AUGGCUGAUUCACAAGCAUCCGAAAAUGCAACAGGUUCCAACACGCUCCCGAGACAAGGGCCACCAAAGAGACGAAGAGAGGAUUCUGGACUCGAAAAUAUGGGCCUACAGGAUGAUGAAAACCAAGCCGGCUCUUCAAGGCCCCCUCCGAAAAGAUCUGCCGUUGACUUACCAGAAGAACCCGAGGAGCCUGAGGAGCCUGAGGAGCCUGAAGAACCACCCCGUUUGAAAGAGUAUCGUUCUAGUUGUCCUUCUGCAGUUGAGCAACGAAUUGGACGAGUUCGAAGGCAACGUAUGUUCUGCCUCGGACGCGAGAGGGAUGAGGAAAACCUUAGGGAGGAAUUCAAAAUUGCUGGGUCUACUGGGAAUGUGUAUACUGUGGUUCUCGAGAAUAUCCCAACAUGUGAUUGUCCCGAUAGUAAUCACAAAAACGAAACCUGCAAGCACAUUCUGUUCGUCAUGAUCAAGGUGCUCCGGUACAAAGAACCUGAUCAACAACUUACGAAAUCCACGCUGCAGGAAAUCCGUGAGAUAUUCGAAACGUCAUCGGUUCGGGUCGAGUUGGACACUUCUGAGGAUAAGCGUCAACGGAAGCCCCUCGAUGCUGACGAAUGCCCGGUUUGUUACGAGCCAUUCCAGCAGGGCGAAAAAGGUGUUUUGUUCUGUGUAGCACAAUGUGGUUCCAACAUUCACAGGGUUGGUCGUGAAUCUUGGGCUGCUGUUAAAGUGGGGGAUACAGUAACCUGUGUCAUGUGUCGCACCCCUUGGGAAGAAAGCUCUGCGGAUAGGGAUUAUGAUUAUGAAGAUAUUUUGCAAAAUGCAACGAGAGGAAGAGAAGGAUAUCUCAAUGUUGGGCAGGAACUUGGCAUGGGUUCACGAAGAGACCGCUACUAG